CCACUGCCCCCCAUCCACACACCAACACCCCCCCAUCACCCUCCCUGCCCCACAUCCCCCCACGCCUGGGGUCUCCCAGAGGGUGGUGCCACGGCCCCCCACCCCUCCCCACACCCCCCAACGCGGUGGUCCCACAGGGAGAGCUCUGCAGCCCACGUGCAGCGGCUGCGGGAGGUGGAGGCGGCGGUGCGGACCACGGGCACGUAUCAGCUGCAGGAGGCUGAGCUCAUCUUUGGGGCCAAGCAGGCCUGGCGCAACGCGGCACGCUGCGUGGGGCGCAUCCAGUGGAACAAACUGCAGGUGUUCGAUGCUCGGGACUGUGCCAGCGUCGGGGAGAUGUUCGGGUUCCUCUGCUCCCACAUCCAGUAUGCCACCAACCGAGGGAACAUACGGUGA